CAAUUUUUAGUGAGUAAAAUUUGCUCGUCAAACAACUAUCGUCUCGAUUAUCUUUGCUUAAUUCUCUUUUAUUUUACGUCACUUGGUUGAAUUUGAGUUAACUAAAAGACUAUACCAAAAUGCAUACAAGACUACUUUUCUCAUUUCUGUACUUCUCAGAAAAAUUCAACAUGCGUUAGACAAAUAAGCCUUUACCACCAUACACCACAAUACUAAAUAACCUGAAGUACUUCUAGCAUUGAUUAUCUUAUUUUCUAGAAAUUCGUUGACCUUCUUCCGAGUAUCACAUCCUUAAAUUAUCGUUGGCCUAGUGGUGUUCAAACAGGACGUUACCAGAUUUACCAGAUAAAUUAAUUUAGUCCAUUUCUUUACCUCAAAAUGUCCUCCUUCAGAAUCUAGCUUCCAAAUUUUAUUUGAUUUAAUUCCUCCGAAAAUUAACUUGAGCUGCCCGUUACCUCGUUCCUAAUUUGCCUGCUAAAGCAUAUUGUUAGAUGGAGCUCCUACGAAUAAUUUCUUCAUAUAACAUUGGUGGCAAUAGGCACGGGCGAAUAUAGAAAUGGAUUUUGCCGUCAUUUUAAAAAAUGUCAUUUAUUUGAUUUUUUAGAUGUAACUAAUAGUGAAAAAAAGGGAAGGAAUUUGGAUUUGCCGACGCUCUUAACCUCAAAAAAAUUGUUCACAUGAGCCAACAAAAAGCAGGUCACUGUUCGCUGUUCGCUUGAUACAAUGAUGGCAGCAACAUUUCAAAUCAUCGUUUUCCUUUUUGAAGCUACUUAUAGACUUUGAAAAUGUUUUCUCGUUUCGAUAGUUUAAAAAUUAGUGAUUACCUUUUAAACCAUUUUGUGUUCCCCCGAAAAAUUGACACGAAAACGUCCCCCCAUUAUCGUCAAUCAUUCUCAAAAAAUAUCGACUUUGACAACCCUUCAUUUAUAUUAUUAUUCUCGAAAGGGUUAAGAGAGGUGAAUGAAGCCUUGCCAAAUCUUAUAUCGGCAAAAAAGAGGGAUCAGUUGAAAAGAAUUUUUGAGCGCUGGCUUGAUUACCAAAAAUGGUCUUCACUGAACGCGAAAAAGCUCGCGGAUGCUAUUGCCAGUUUUAGAAACCCAGGAGACUACCUUCCGAUCAUUUGCGAAGACAAAAACGCACUGCUAGUAUUCAGAAUACCAACAUCCGAGAAUUCUGACGCCAUUUUGGUGAAUGCAACACAAUUGUUGCUACCAGCUAACACGUUUUUAGGACAAAAAGGAUGUCCCGUUCGAAACUUACCCGAUGGGCCGACAUUUGAGGUUCCCCGAGAAAAGGUUUUCCAUGACAUGGUCAUCGAAAAAAUUGUCGAGAUUGGGAAGUUCAGACGUACAGAAAGGUUUCAAGCCAAUGAUUACUCGCCCUCCAAAGCCGAGGAUCCGGGCUACGUGACAAACUGGCUAAUAGCGUUUCUGGCGGAAGAAAACAACUCCAUACCUGAGAUCCGGUUUCACGCCAAGAUCCACGACAGAUCAGAUCAGUUCAUAUUGGUCUUCGUGAGCCUCCUUGGCGUCGGUCUACAGAGUACUUUGCCGUGAAAUAUGUUCUGAAGCAUUACCUUACUUGGCAUUUGGGUCCGGUCCAUGGAAUGCUGGCGUACAAAAGUGUUGUGCUCCUAACUCUGGUUGAACUGGCAAAAUUAACGGUUAAUUGCUUGGAUGUUGACAUGGGACUUCAAAUGAUGACAAAAAUAGCGCGAAGAAUGAAAAAACUCGAAGUUCUAAGUGACGAUGCGCCUGAAGAAGAAAUAUAUCAACAAAUGAGGAAAGAUAUUUUGAGUGUCUUCGAAAAAGGAGCAUCAAUUGUAACGAAAAUUCGACUCAAACUAGACUCCCAGUGGGAGGAAAUUCAAAAGACGGAUCGCGAGAGCAAGGACAAUGAAGCCAUUUACAAGUAUCUGGCUGAGCUCACCCCACAAGAAGUGAAAACUCAGACACGCUUGAAAUUGCCUGAAAUCGAGAACUUCAUCCAAACUAUAAAAACCACUCUUCAUACAAAACAGGGACAGAUGGGGCGACCGUUGAACACAGUCACAUUGGAUCAAAAGAUAACCCGAAAUCCAAAUAACACUUUAAAAAUAGUAGCCACUGGUCUGACUUCAGAAAUGAAUUUUCUGGACUUCGCCACAGUUCAGGCUCUUUUUGAUAACGAACUAUGGGCAAAGACUCAUUGCCAAAACGUUGCUGAACACAUCUCAUCAUCGAUGAACGAAACAUUCGCUUGUUUCAAAGCUUAUUUCAAGGUGGCGUCUAAAAUGUACGAAGGAAAUCCUGAAAUGUACAGUGUGAUGCUGCUCACUUGCUAUUCGUUCCUCGUGAUUCUAGACAAAAAAGCGGUCCACAUACAUCCAAUGAUUCUAGAUCACGGCCUGGAUAUGGAUGUGUCGAUUAUGGAUCAUUUGCUGCUACCUUUCCAAGAACAACUUGAUCAGUUGCGUCAACUUGAGAGCUACUUGGCUUCGAGAUUCAAAAGUCAAAGCCCUGUUGAGCUGAUGGGUGACCCGACCGACCCAAAUUCUCUAGAUGUGCGCUACGCUUAUUCAAAUGAAGAUAUGGAAAAAGAGCGCCUAAGAAUUCUCGAAAUGGUUGAAGCCGCAAAACAAAGCAAAAAACAGGAGGUGCAAGAAAAAUAUGCCCAUUAUCUUGAAUUGAAAGAACAGGCUGAACGUAAAACGUGUGAUUGCAAUCAAGUCAAAAAAAAUAAUGAAGAAGACAGUGAAGAAGGUAGUGAAGAAGACAGUGAUAGUUGCAAAAAAUGCGCCUUACUCAAAGAGGCAUCAGAUAUCAGUGUUUCUGUGUACCGUGUACCUUUUCCGUCCAAAGUUGAAGGCCAACGUGCAAUUGUCUUUGAUUUCAAUUGUCCGAACGAAGUUCGUGUUUUGCGAUCAGCAGUUCAGUUCUUCAAAACAGAAGUUCUGAAGUUCUGGAUCGUGGAUAAGGCUCAUGGAAAGCGAGAUGUUUGGUCUGAACUCAGAGAUCUCCAAACGUUUAAAAAUCCAAAUUAUCCUGUCUCUUUGUCUGACCAGAUCACAUUGAUGAGCUCAGGUGAAUUUAGCUUCAACCCACAUCCCAUGCAUCCAAAGAGUUCGCCAUUAGGGGAAAAGUUUAUUAUUGAAAGCACUAACGAUUUACUAUUGGGCUGUGUUUGUACAGAAUUAAGUAGCUCGCACGAUAUUAACAAUAUUACUCCGACAUCGGGUAAAAACACUUUUACCGACUACAGAAAGAACCAGUCGUUCUUAAAAGAUCUUCGCAAAAAGUGCACAAUGGUUGCAAAUGGUAUAUACAAGUGCCUUCAAUGGACAAUUGACGGCAAUUUGCACAGUGAUAAUGAAGUAAUUUGCAGGCAGAGCGAGUGUCCGGCCGAGCUCUCCCUCAAGGAGUUUCGUGUUUUCGGCUGCUGUCGGGCGGGUAGCCGACUUCAAAUUCGGAACCUCAUUGCAGCUUUAAAAAGUAACGCUCUCUCUUGGCAUCGCGAAGAUGUGGUGUCGCUUGUUUGUCAGAUUCUUUGGGAAACUGGAGGUCAUAUUUUGGACGAUGAGAAGAAAUUUGGAAACAUGAAUGAAUCAAAAAAUGAACUGAAUAAUCCACGUGACUGUUCAGAAGAUGAUCAAGAGAAAAGAACUCGGAAUCAACAUCGAGAUCUUUUAGACGAAGAGUUUGUUUUUGAUGCCUUGAAGGUUCUUGAAGUUCAACUAGAUGCUAUCCAGGACAACUGGGAUAAAAGUUUAUCCCUUCUAUGUUUAGCUAUAUUUGGCUGUCGUUUGGUUGAGUUCUCGGAAAAUAAAUCUGGAAUUUGUUCAUUUCUGUUUCGCUGUCGACGAAUUGGUUUGGCCUGGAGCAGCAAAGUGAAAGAGAAGAUAGAGUCGCUCAAAGUCGCCGGCCGUGACGAGUGCGAGCUGCAACUGAAACUAGUCCAAAUCAGUCUUAUAGUAGUCAGUACAUUUAACGUUAGUGCUGAUAACGUAGAAGCCAUCCUCAAUUGUUCAGAUCACGCUUUAGGUUGGAUUACAGCUCAAAACAAUGUCUCUGACAACUUUACCAUGAACAACACGACAGCUAUGAAAUGGCCUUUUAUCAGAAACCUUGUGCAAAAAAGUUGGUCUGCAGGUCUUCGAGUAGAAAAGACGCUGAAAUCUUUGCUUGAAAAUGAUUCAGAAACGAUUCAAGGGUUCGUAUCUAGGCAAUACGAACAUAUGAAUCUGAGAACGCAAAGUUGCUUUGAAACAAGUUGGGUGUCAGUUCCUCACGCGGAUCCUUGGAUGAAAAAAGAUCUGAAUCACGGAGACAACCUGUGCUUAAACAUUCUAACAGGAGCCUUUCUCAUGAAUAGCGAUCCUGUUAGGCGUCUCCCAGCAAACAUAACUUCACACUCAUGUUACCAACGCAUUUUUGGAUGUGCGAACUUGACCGUAGGUCCUGGUGCCCUCCCAGGUAGUUUUGUGACUAUAAAUAAGAUCAAUAAAGCUUCCUACGAGUUCCUGAUGGUCGACUCUAAAACACUCCUGGUGACCAAAGAGAAUUGCUCCAAAAGGCUGUUUUAUCUACCCGAAAGCCUUCUGCAGCAUCAUUUGCCCUAUGAGUUGAGGCAAUUUGGCCACUGGUUGGAAUACAAUGAAGAAAAUCAAGAAAUUGAGUCAAAAUCUGUACAGUUUUGGAGUCGGAAUAUUUUCGAAAAUAAACUCUGCGCAUAUCAAAUUGUAAAUAAAACGCAUUCAUGGGAGUUGAUUAACACCGACGAUAAAUCUCUACUGAUUAGCAUGGGAAGCCAAAUUUUCCUGAAACUGCAAAGUUUGGUUUUUGACAGAGUUGAAAAACCUGAUCACGUGCACGUAUUUCUGCGCCCUGAGAAAAACACAUUGUCCAUUUCACUCCCGAGGCACCGCAUUUCGUUUUCGAUCUCCGAAAACUAUUCUCAGAUUAAUGCAUUUCAGUAUCCUGGCUUCAAGUUAGCCAAAUCUGGCUAUCUGGGGACUUUAAUAGGCUUUGCGAGCGGCAUUGUUCUUGAGUCCGGAACAGACAAGAAAGUGAUAAUCCCCCAUGGCGAAAUCACUGAAUCACUCUCUUCCAAUCAUGUUCAAAUUGAAGUGAACAAGAAUUCGUUCCGUGACCCAUCUUUUUUUGCUUACAGCGUGGACGAAAACUUCAAACAACUUUCGCCGCCAUCUAGCGAUGUCGCGAAUCUUUACCUUGCCAUGUUUCAUGUGAAAACAUCUUACCCUCUGCCUGAUCCCUUUACAAAACUGACAGGUUUCGAAAUGGGGAUGCAAAUUCUGAACAAGGGUCGAAGUUAUUCAUGCACGCCACUCGGUACGAGAUCGGAACAAAUCUUGACUAUUCUAGAAACAUGUUGUUGCACAAGAGAUUUUUUCACAAACAAAAAACAUGGUCCGUAUGCCGAAAUUGAACAGUACCCUCAAAUUCCACCAUAUUCUCUUUGUACUUUGGAGACGUUAAGGAAGCAAUGUGUAAACUUACGGGUUCACAGUAACAAACUCUUGUACAUGUAUGAUGAUCAAGUAAAAUCAAACCAAAUACAGCCAACUUUUCAGGGAAAUUGUCAAAAUUCACCUGUUCUUGAAAAAAGAGCAAUCCAAAAUAUCCAGGACAAAGUUUAUCCACUGAAUUUGAAGAAUUCAUUAGUCGAUGUUCCAGAUUCAUCUCGCUGUUUGCAUAACACGAAAAUCAUUCUUGAAGACAAAACAGUUAUUGCCAAAGUUCGAACCAUAGCUUCGAUAUUGCGCACUCGAAAUCCAGAGCCCUUAUAUGAUUACAGAUACUCGCUAAGAAAAUGGGCCACGAGCUUAAAAAGUAUAGACUGCCUCAAAACAGAACAAUAUUUGAUGAACAACAGAUCUUUAAGUGUCUGGGAAGAACUGGAGGUUAAGAAAGAGUGCUUGCUUGACCUCUAUGAACUAGCCCGCCAAGGUGAUCAAACCAGAUACCUAUUGUUUAUAAUGGCCUCUUUUCUAACAUACAAAAAAAUGAUCGACAUUGAGUACUUGGUGCCAUUUUUCUUGAUCUCAGAACACUUUGAGAAGUUUCAGGCGCUUGAUCCUCCUGAUUAUUCGCACUACCACGACCUACCCCGCUAUAGAAUCAAGAGAAGCGAGGUUGAAACUAUUGUUAAUAACUGUUUUACAAAUAAAGGUGCGUUUAUCAAUAAAUGGCUUUCUGAAAAAUGCAGCCGUCGUGAUAGAAAGUCCAAAAACAGAAGAUACCACACAGAGAAGCAAGAGGCGAGAGACUAUUUCGAUGAAACGAAAACUGAAGAAGAAAACCAAGUAACUCAACUGGCAAUGAAUGCCUGGCCCGGUGAUAAAUGUCAUUUUUCUGGAAAUUAUGAACUUCUGAAGAAACAAUCGGCGAUCGAAAAACUUUCAGAAUUGUUUUACAAGCUAUAUAAAAACAAAAAAUUGCUCGAAUUUCUGAAAAAAGUGGACACUACUCUAGAUUCUAUUGUUAACAAUAGUUUGAACAAAACAAGCUCAGUGGAAAUUCCUGAGUUUCGAGCUAGUUUUGUUCAGAAGGUGAAAUUUGCAAAACGCAUCAAUCUUGAUCAAAAGUUUGAUUUGGAUUAUGUUCCCAACAGUUUCGAUGAGCUUGUUUCGCCCUUCGUACAAAGAAAUCAUAACACUGCUGUCGAUGCAAAUUUUGAAAAUGAAGUCGAAAACAGUGUUGAUUUGUUGAUUAGAGGGAUCGAGGCUUCAGAUGCCAUUAGUCAACAUUUCAAAAAUCGCUUAGAAGAAAGUUGGAAGGUUUUCAAAGACGGAAAAAUGAAUAGUGAACAAACUGUACCCGGCACGCUAGAUGAAGGCACGCUUGAAAGGAAGUUAAAAGAUGCGCGUAAAAGGGUACUUGGAACAGAAAAAGCCCUGAUGAAAAUUUUGAUACCGAAAGAAAGUCAAUGGGUGAAAUCAGCUUUGCAUAGAUGCGGACUUAUGUUUCGAGAAUCACCGUUGGAACUGGUUCCGCUUUUGCUGAGAAGGAAAGGAAAUUUGCAACUUCCAAACGAGUAUGACUGGAGAGACCUCUUAGGCGCGUUAGUGGUCAGGUGGACGGAGAAGCAACGGAUACAAAGAUGUCUGCAACACCUGAAGAGCAGAAACAGAGUACACCUACAACGAGAGUGGAAUAAUGUGGGACAUACCAACUGGGUUCCUCAAGAGUUCGCAGAAUGGCUGAUCCUCGAAGCAGAGGGAAACUUCAUGAUACGACCAGCACAGGUUGAAAUUGCUCAACAGAUGUUAGAUCCUCCACACAACAAGAAUGCAGUAAUGCAGUUAAACAUGGGUGAGGGAAAAUCGAGCGUGAUAGUGCCUAUAUUGGUAGCUUCGAUUUAUCUCAAAAAAGGAUGUUGCCCACAGGUCGUUGUUUUGGGCUCGCUCCACCCCACAAACUCUCAGUCUUUGCGCGCCAAAAUGGGGGGUGUGCUGGAUAUGCGACUUCUUAAAUUGCCGUUCUGCAGAGAUCUUGAGCUGAGUUGCGAGCAAAUGAAUAAUCUUUCAAGUUACCUUAGCGAACACAAAAAACAACGAGGAUUCCUGGUCAGUACUCCUGAGCAAAUGAUGUCCAUGCAACUGAAGGCACUGGAAAUUUUCAUCAACGGCAGCAGCGAUCAGGCAAAUAGCUACCACUUUUUCUCAAAAACUCACGAAAACAUUGUUCGAAACAUUCUGGACGAAAGCGAUGACAUUUUGUCCGUUAAAAGACAGUUGGUUUACACGAUGGGAUCCCAAAUUGUACUGGAUGGAAAUAACCAACGCUGGAUAGUUGUUCAAAGUAUUUUUAGGAGGUUGAAAAAACACGCAAACUUAAUCUUUGAGAAGUGCGGUUCAGAGCAUGUUAUGAUUGAAUUAGAUGAAAGGAAUACUCAGCAUCAAUUCAACGUUUUCCGUCUUCUCGACAAAGAUUCGAAGUCCUUUUGGAAAAUCAGCGACAUGCUUAUCGAUGAUUUUCUUGAAUGCAAAACGGAAGCCGAUUUAAAACCGCUGACUGAAGAUCAAAAAAUAUGCGUCAGGAAAUACAUAAUGGCAGAGGAACUAGAAUUUAAUCAGACUGAAAACUUGCAAGUGACCCUUGGCGAUUCUGAAAUUCCACUUGUUGUAUUUCUGCUUCGAGGAUUCUUUGGCUUGAAAAUUCUGCAGCACUGUCUGACGUUGAGACACCGAGUGAACUACGGAGUUGGAAAGUACCGCAAAAUGGCUGUUCCUUUCCGGGCGAAAGAUGUAGCGGCGGAUAAAACCGAUUUUGGCCACCCGGAUGUAGCGUUGGCGUUGACACAGCUGACCUAUUACUACCAAGGCAUCCCGAGAGAUGGAUUUGAAGAGGUUCUUCGGAAACUCACUUCAAUGGAAAUGAGUGUGGCAAUAGCUAUAUAUGACAAGUGGGUCAAUUUUUGUCACCCCGAUUACAUUCCACGAGAACUGAGAAAUUGUAGCUGCAUCAAUUUAUCAGACCAGAUUCAGCUCCGUGAUUUGUAUAAGCUGUUUCACAAACAUGUUUUAGUAGUUGACUACUGGCUUGUUAACAUGGUCUACCUGCACGAGGCUAAACAGUUCCCUCAAAAAUUGUCGGCGACUGGUUGGGAUUUAUGCCGCGAAAACGGCAAUCUAGUGACUGGUUUUAGUGGCACCAAUGAAGCCCAACUGCUGUUGCCCCUCACAGUUCAUCAGCGGGACUUACCCUCCCUUCAAGGAACGGACGCUCUCGUAAUACACAAUAUGCUGAAACGAGAGAACCAACUCUACCACGCUCUUAGCCAUGGAGCAAGCGGGAAGGACAUUUUGGAUUCCAUUCUGGAGCAAAGCGAUUACAAAAUAAAAGUAAUUUUGGAUCCCGGAGCUCUAAUUUUGCUGCACAAUAAAGCUUUUGUCGAACUUUGGAUGUCAAAAGUGUCUGAAGUUGAAAUUGAAGCGGCAAUUUAUUUCGACGAAGAGGACAACAUGAUGGUUCUUGAUAGAAACAGCUUCAGUACCCCGUUUCACCUCUCGCCCUUCUUGGAAAAACUCGACUCCUGCAUUGUAUACCUGGACGACGUUCACACUCGAGGAACUGACUUGCAAUUCCCAAAUGGGACAAAAGCGGCAGUUACUCUCGGGAAAGGUCUAGCAAAGGACAAGUUAUCCCAGGCAUGUAUGCGAAUGCGGUUGCUGGGCUGUGGUCAUAGCCUUUCUUUCUUCGCAUCUUAUGAAGUGGACCUCGAGAUCCAGUCUCAGAGUCGAGACUUCUCAAGUGAUACAUCAGAGGUCGUCAAAGUGAUUUCAUGGGCACUCAAAAAUAGUCAAAAACAAGUCCAAGACGGGUUAAUUCACUGGGCUAAUCAGGGGUCGGACCAGCUGCAGAAAUUGUGCGCAUACGACCGACACAAUAAGUGUGCAGUCAGCACCCAAUCACUGAAGAGCUUUGCGGAGAAUGUAGUCCAAAACGAAGUUACAGAAUUAAAAAAACAGUACGGAAUUUACCGAGGAAAGACAACUCUGUGGAAAAUGGUUUCGGAUCGUAACGAGGAAGGGGAUGUAAGCGAUUACUGCAAGCAGUUCAGAGUCAAUCUGGUAGAUAAAUGCAAGGAAUUGGCUUCGGAGAGAGAAGUGUUUGUGGAUCUGUUCGACGAGGAGCAAGAGCGAGAGUUGGAGCACGAAGAGCAGGAACAGAGGCAAGUCGUUAGACCAGAGAGAAUGUCGCCGAAGAAACCCGAAGUUCCCUCAAGUGUGAAAAAAUUUAUAGAAGGUGCCCAUUUUGAGCCAAAUGAUUUUGUGUACCUCCAGGAUUGUCUGAAACACACAAAAAUUCGGCCACAGAUUCUAGGUCGAAUGUUCAAAAAUGUCUACGCUAGCCCUGAGUUCCCAAAUGUAACAACGGAUGACAACUCUAGUUUGUCGAAACCGAUGGACGAAUUCAAGAGAGACGCUUUCUGGGCUGUGAAGUGCAGCUUCACCGGAACCCUAAUCCUUCUGACCCCAUUUGAGGUCAAUGACCAAUAUGACACGCUUAAAAAGAUGACUCACGCUGUACUUUUCAUGUUCCAACCGUUCCACCAAAAACCCUCCAGUUUGAUCCCGGCCCUUCAAAACAUGCGUGGGUUUUCCGUUCCCAAAGGAAAUAGUCUGACUUUUGUCGAUUUGGUGCAGUUUGCAGAGUUGAACUUGUUCGCGGGAAAUCUAUAUUUGGAAAAUGCGCUACAGGAAAAAUGGAUUUGCAGCUAUUUAGGUCUUCUGCCCCUUCCGCGAACAUCAGAACAAGAACAGGCAUUUCAAAAUAAGUUAAUCACUACGAAUGGAUUUGUAAAACGAGGCAACAGAUGUCUGGUGCCUGGAACAGAACAUUGGAAAUGUCCUUUCAACAAAAUAAAUCCAGUUCCUGCUGUCCUCGAUCUAAUCAGCAUUCGAAAUGUGGAAAUGUUGUAUCCUUCUAGCCACAUGCAUAGUCUCUUAUCGAGAUGUCACUCCAACGUCUUCGAAUCAUAAGCGAGUAUCAAUUGACCCCAGUUUGCUUUUAAACGUACCAGUUAUGAUAAACUUGAUAUGAGAUGGACAGAAGGCUGUCAUAAUUUUACUUAUGUGGACUGCAGUUUAACUAUUUACUGCAUUUUUGAAGCCAACAAGUUUUGUAAUAUUGACAAACACUAAAACUUCCUAAAAAUACAGCAAAAUAAACAACAUUUUACAGAACUUACAAUUAUUGUAAAAUUGACAAAUCCUGAAACUUCCUGAAAAUACCGAACAAGACUGCAGUAUGAAUAUUGGCUGUAUUUUUUGGAGCUAACCAUUAUUUUAAAAUUAACAAACCGUGAAAUAUCCUGUAAACCAUGAAACUACUGUAAACGCCCCUUUUGAGUUAACUGUAAACUUUUUAAGACCUCCAUUUUCGACCAAUUUUUCUGAAGGUGCCAUUGACGCCAAAGCAUACUUAUUUUUUGAGGUGAGAGCGAGCGCCAAAAAACCCAAGUUUUUGGUCAAAACUGUCCAAAGAGUGCUUAAAAUCGCCUUUUUGGCUUGUUUUUCAAAAAUUCCGUGGCGCAGAAAAAAAUUGGCCAGAGUGCUUUUUUUAAUGCUCUGGGAGAGCUCACCGGAAAACCAGUUUGGCCCUAAAACAAGGUAGCGACCAAACUUUGGUUUUUUUUUUGAAAAACCGCCUCCCCCUCGAGAAAAUCCUAAUUUGCCUUUGGUUUAGACUUCAAUUAAAAUUAUGGGUCGGUGAAUUUUUUCAACCACUGCAGGGAGCAAUAAUAGAAACUGUUGUGUCUAAUUUUUUCUCUACCUUUUUUAGGCUAGCAAAUGAAUUUUUAAUCUCUGCUCACUCUAGUUCAAUUGAAAUCGAAUGUAGGAUCUUUUAAGAUUCCUCAUAGAUUCUUGCAAGGUUCGUUAUAAUAUUCCUACUAUUAGAUUCCUGCAGGUCUUGUGGCAUUCGCAUUUGUACGAACUUAGAAAAUAAACGUUUUCGUUUGACUAGUUCAAGAAUUUCAUAUAUAAGCGAUCGAGUUUGACAACCGAUAGACUUAAAUUUAACUAAAACUGAAACAAGACUCCUGGUACAUCAGGGCAAUGCCCUGAUAGUUCCGACUCCACUUUAAGGAAAAUUAAUAAGGUUUGGUUGAAAAUUGA